UCUAAUAAUUGUUUAGCUAACAAAUUCACAUGUUUCAAAUGCAGUGCAAAUCUUUGAAGGUGAGUGUUAAGCAACACUGAAAAUUUAAUAAUUAAUUUCAAACCUCUGAGUUUGACCGUUCCGGUUCAUUUUUACAUUCGUUAUGAACUGUUGGGAUUGAGAAUGGCACUAUGGUUCAUUUAAGCACAGCAUGACGGUUUCACUCUUGGUUAGUGGAUUAGGGGCCAUUGGGAAAUUGUAAAUGUUCCAGUUUUCUCGCCUCCUUAUUUAUUUUUUGAUGGUAUUUGUUCCUGUCAGUUGUUAGCAACAGGAGAACACACAUUCCUGUACUUUCAAAUUACAGAUUAGUUAGUUUCCUGGAAAGUCAAAUAAGAGUCGUUUGUCUUGGGAGCCGUUUGGCGUUUUUUUGGCAAAUGUUAAGGAUCUAAACGCCCACUAGCAAAGGAACCAUAUGUCAUCCAAAGUAGCCCCAAUUUACAUACUCAGGAUUUUCUCAUUCUGGCACAUCCAAUGCGCCAUCUGUUGCUCCAAAUUGUGGUCCUCUUCAUGUGAUGUGGUUGGUUAAUGCUGUGACAGAUUCGACUUAAUAAAAGAAAUUUUGUUUUGUAGAAGGCUGUGACAAUUCUUAUUCUUUAGCCCUUUCAGCCAUCAUAUUUGUGGCUCGUCACUCUAGGACUGGGAAGCUGCUGCAGUUAAUCGGCCCUUACCAGUAGCUAAAAGAGAACGAUUGCUUUUCAAGGAAGCAGAAGCCAGAAUUAGACGUUGAAGGUCUAGAAUACAAAGAAAAGUAUGCUACUACUGCAACAUUACCCCCUUUGCCUAGAGAAAAUGAAAUUGAGUGAUCUAUCCUAGUUGAAAUACGUGUGGAAUCAAAACAACAUUCUGACAUCUCAAAGCUUAAAAGAGCUCCAAAUUGAGAGCUGUUCCAGAUUGAGAUAUGUGUUCCCAUUGUUCAUAAUUAAAGGUCUAGUGAAACUAGAAUUCAUGUAUAAAUAACUGCUCUCGGAUGGAAGACAUCAUCACAAAUGAAGGAGGCAGAGAUGGAGAGGAAAACAAACUUGUUUCCCAAGUAAAGCAUCUCCAUUUUAAGGAUUCAACUUGCCUCAGAACAAUUUGCCCUUCUCCAUGUACGGUUGACGGCCCAUCAUGGGACACGUUGGUGCUCACCGCGCCGGUUGCCUUAACGGGAAGUCACCAGACCCACUUUUUCACUCAAAAGUGAAGAUGAAGAUGGAUGAGGUCGGAAGACGUUUAUCUGCUUUUUUGGUCAUGUCCAGGUGGAUAAGAUUCUUACCUUCCGAGCAGGAUUUGUUACUUGAUAUCCGAACGUCCAAACACAACUCAUUAGAUCCUGUCCGUGGAUUAUAUAUGAAAUUAAAGCCUGGGCCCACUAAUAAAGGGACUUUUACUGCUUUAUUGUUCUAGUUGAGUAGUGAAGAUCAAAACUAAACUGGGAAUGAGUCUUGAUCAUCUCUCUACUCUCUACUCCUGCCUCCAGAAUUUCUGCAUUUCUCUUCUCUGAACAACAACAAAACAAUUCGAAAGAGAAAGGUACGAGUUAUUUGCCAUUUCCAAUUGAGUUCCAGGCGAUUCUGUUGUCUUUCUUUAUUCAGUUACAAUAUUUGAAGCUUUGUCUUUGUUAGAUUUGUUUCCUUUGUUGUCUUUGGUCCUGCUCCUUCGUCCUGCAACCUCCCACCCAAAAAAAAAAAAAAAAAAAAGAUUAGAAAAAAAAAAUACUGCUUCCAUUUGUCCACCCUUUCUCCCCUUUGCUUCGUAGUUGUUGUUACAUCAAUUCAAUUGUUCUGUGAAUCUUGAGUGAUACAAGAAGGGAAAAAAAAAAAAAAAGAUUAGAAAAAAAAAAUACUGCUUCCAUUUGUCCACCCUUUCUCCCCUUUGCUUCGUAGUUGUUGUUACAUCAAUUCAAUUGUUCUGUGAAUCUUGAGUGAUACAAGAAGGGAAAAAAAAAAAAAAAUCCUGGCUUUCGUUUGUAGUUCAUUCCUUUCUUUCUUGGUCCUCCCUCUUGUUGCAUAUUGACAUUCACUUCACUUGCGUUGUGAAUCUGAAUUCCUUCAGUUUCAAAGCACGCACCAGAAGAAAUACAAAAAUUGUCCUUUCUUCAAGUCCUUGUCUUUUCAGCAUUCCUUCGAUCACUCCAUCUGUGAUCCUUCUUAGUCAUCAUAAAAAACAAAACCCAGUAGCUAGACAAAUGGCAGAUAUUGUUAUUACAGUGGUUGGAAAAUUAGCAGAGUACACAGUCGCACCUGUUCUGCGACAAUUUGGUUAUCUGAUUAACUACAAGAGCAAUGUUCGAGAGCUCACCGAGAAGGUUAGAACUCUGACUGCCAAUAGAGAUGGGGUACAACGACGUGUAAAUGCAGCGAAGAGGAACUUGGAGGAUAUUCUUCCUCUUGUUGACGACUGGUUGGAACGAGUAAAGCAGACCAUAGAAGAAAAGGAGACAUGUUUUGAAGAAGGAAGAGUAGCCAAGGCAACAACAUGCUGCAGCUCCAAUGGGUGGUGUCCAAAUCUGAAGGUCCGCCGUUCCUUGAGUAGGACAGCAAAGAAGCUAGCUCCAAAGGUUGAUAAGCUUAUUACAGAUGGAAAUUUCACCACAGUAUCAUGUCCUGCUCUUCCGCUGAAGAUUGAAUAUCCAGCCAUACAAUAUUUUGAGGAUUCCACUGAGGCACCGAGCAAGCCACAUGAAGGGGCUAGCUCCUCCUCAGGAACAUCCAAUCCUGCUAAACCACCUGCACCUAUGGAUCUCUCUGAGCGUCUGCAAUACAGGUCACCUUAUACAAAAGAUCUCCUGACAGCUCUGCAAGAUGACAAGAUCAGUAUGAUUGGCAUUUCUGGGACAAUCAGAGAGAUAGAUACAGUAACAACUAAAGAGUUCAUGAAAAGAAUGAAACAAAAAAAGCUCUUUGAAGAGGUUGCCAUGGCAGUUGUGUCCCAGGAUCCAGACUUGAAACGAAUACAAGGUGAAAUUGCAGAAAUGCUAGACCUGAAAUUGGAGAAUGGGAGUUUGGUUGAACGGGCAGAUAGGCUACGUGCUGUAUUAUUGGCAUCGGAUUCUAAGAGGAUUCUUGUAAUACUGACUGAUGUCUGUGGAAUACCUGAUUUGGAAGCAAUUGGAAUUUCUCGUGUUGAUAUAAAGAAAAGCUGCAAGAUCAUGUUGAUUUCACAACUAUCAACUGUGUUUAAUGAAAUGGGGACUCAGAGCAAUUUCAAAUUGUUAUUACAAUCCACUCCCAUAGCAAGACCUGUUGAGUUUAAAUCAAGAAUUUCAAUCAUCAGAGAUGUAAUGGAUGCUCUGACAGAUGAUGAAUCCAACCCCCAUUGUAAUCUGUGGCAUGGGGGGAAUUGGCAAAACAACCUUGGUGAUGGAAAUUGCUGCAAAAGCGAGUGAAGUAGAUCUAUUUGAUGAUGUUGCAAUUGCAGAAUUUACUCAAGAACCUGACUUCAUCAAAAUCCAAGG